AUGUCGCCUCCGUUGACGUUGGCUCGCGCCGACGCUGGCUGGUGCUGCUGGUCCUGGCCGGAUCCAACGAUUGUGGCGCUCGACGCGACGAUUGUGAAUACGGCGCUGCCGACGAUCAAGCGCGUCUUCGAGAUGACGGAGUCACAAUCGCUGUGGGUGCCCGACGCCUACCUGGUGCUGUUUGGCGGAUUGCUCCUGCUGUCGGGAGCGCUGGGCGACAGGUUUGGCCGGCGGCGGCUGCUGGUGAUUGGCUUGGCGGUCUUCACGCUUGCAUCGAUCGCCGUUGCGUUCUCGCCGCACCUGACGCAGCGCGUUGACAUUCGUCGGGCUGUCGACCCUGACGCGGUGUUCCCGCGCAAGGACAGAAGCAAGGCGUUUGGCAUCUGGGCCGGUUCGAUGGGGAUCGGCAUGGCGCUCGGUCCCUUUCUCGGCGGGAUGCUCGUUGACAACCAUCGCUGGUCGGCCGUCUUCUGGGUGCCGGCGCCGUUGGCUGCGUUGCGCUGA